AUGAAUUUCCUCGAAUCAGUUUUCGGCGAGUUGGGCAUCACUCAGUACCUCGGCCCCUUCAUUGAUCAGGGGUUUGAUUCCUGGGAGACAAUAUUAGACAUUACUGAAUCCGAUCUUGACGCUCUGGGCGUAAAGCUCGGCCAUCGGAGAAAGCUUCAGCGACGUAUAGCCAAUUAUAGAGGCAUUGCCCCGGACGCCUCUCUAACCUCACCAACUCGCACUAGUAUUGAGGAUGUUAGACAUGACUCGAACCGUACCGACACCGAUAGACCAGAUGUUAAAACCGGGCCGAUCGUCGUAAAAAGGAAAUACAGGAGGCAUCCAAAGCCCGACGAGCAUGCACCCGAACGGCCGCCGUCAGCCUACGUGCUUUUUUCCAAUAAAAUGCGAGAGGAUCUGAAGGGACAAAACCUCACAUUUACAGAAAUUGCGAAGUUGGUGGGUGAGAAUUGGCAGAAUCUAGGCCGUGCUGAGAAAGAACCGUUUGAGAAACAAGCGAACGAGGCAAAAGAGAAAUAUAACCAAGCCCUGGCUGAGUACAAGAAAACACCCGAAUGCAAGAAGUACAAUGAAUACCUCCUCGAGUUUCGAAAGAGACAAGCUGCUCAAUCUCAAGAGAAAGACGUUGCCAAGAGGCUGAAGACAGAUGCCGAGAGCACUCGUGGAAGUAGUACCAGUGGUGUGUCAAUUGGUCCUGGUGGAACAACCAGCGGUACCGGUAGUGGCUCGGAAAGCCAGCACGGAAGUGAACCUCCUCCUUCACGCCAGCAAAGGCUGGGCUCAAUAGCCUCGUUGUCAACCGGUACCAGCCAUGUGGACGAUUCAUUGACUUCUCCAUUGCUUUUGUGUCAAGAGGAAGCUAAUGGUGGGCGGCGGCGGGGGCUAUCGAGUCCUCACUCUCGUAAUGGUUCGAUACAUUCUGUCAACCACCGCAUGGUCUGGGAAGGCCAGUAUCAGCCGGGAGAUAUUCCCAGUACCAGUGCACCGUGGCUUGAUUCGAGAACCGCGUCACCAAUGAUUUCUCAGUCACCCGAAGUUGGCGUUCCCAGUAUUUAUCCCACACAAUCCUUCCAUGCCAAUAGGCCGUCGAGAAGUUCCAGGUCUUCUGGGUCCACAACCAACUCACAGCCUCCUUCAUUAAAACACGAGCAAUCCUCACAUGGGAGCAAUUCAUCGACCUCCCCUUAUCCGCCAAGAACACCUAGCGAUGCCUCUUUGCCUAUUCACGCGCUUUUAUCGACGAAGCCAGAAUCGCCGGCUCCCUCAUAUGUCCAAUCAGGUCCCUCGCAUCCCCUGAAUGGGCACAUGACACCUCAGGCAUCACUACCCUUGCAGCGGACGCAAAAGCAACACACGCAACCUAGCCGUAUAGCAGGCGGUUUCCAUCAUGCACCACACUACACUAGUGGUAUGCCAGGGCCUAUUUCAGGGCAUCGUACCAAUCGACCCUCUGGGCCCCCUGGCCCGCUAGGUGAGAUAUUGCACGAGGCUGCGGUGAAUCUACCUCAAGAUGCGGGCUUGGCAACUAUGACAAGGCAGUCAGGCAACGGUGAUGCUGGGCUUGAUGGUAUCUCCGCGCUCCUAAGGGCCCGAGAAAUUGUUGACAGGCGCCCAUGA